AUGGAUGGUCAUAAUCACCUGCCUGAUGCUACCCAUUCGAAAGUCAUAAAAGCUGUUACUGAAAUUAAAAAACAUGCAUCUGAAAGUAGAGAAAAACCUAUACAACUUAUUCAAAAUUUUAUGGCUAAUAUCUCCGAGGAUGUUCAACCAUUUAUGCCAUCACUUGACGCACUUCGUCAAAUAAUUUUUCAUUCUAAACCAAUAGAGAAAAUACCACAAUCACAUAAUGUUCUAGAAAUUAAUAUCUUAUCUUCAUUGCAUGUUACUUUAAACGGUGAUUUUUUUUUAAUUAAAGAUCUCAUAGUCGACCAAAGUAGAAUUCUCAUAUUUUCUACAGAUAAAAAUAUUAGACGUUUAUCCAAAGCUCCCUAUUGGAUUAUGGAUGUAAAAGAUGAUUCAAUUGAAUGCAUCCAUGAGACAUUGAAGGCAUAUGACACGAUUUCAAAAAUGGUUGGCGGUAUUGGCUUGAAGAUUCAUAAUAUUAGAGCAUCUGGAUUUUACAUCUCAGAAGCUAAUGCAGAGGCAUCUGAACUUAUGGACAUGUAG